AUGGAGCUAAGGUUUCAGAGGGAGAAGGAGCAGUGUGAGGCCUCCAAGGGUAGAGAGAGCAGGAAGGCAGCGGUGAGCCCAGAGUUCCCGACGGCUCAACUGCUGGUGAGUGAGGUGAAGGGGCCGCGGGGUGUGGGCGCCCUGAACAACUUUGUCCUGCGCAGUCAGUUCAGAACUGAGACGUCCACGCGCCCUCGGUUCGCUAAGUUCAUAGUCAUCGCCUCCGCGCGCUCCCGAGGGGACAGGGACCUCGUUCUCCUGAGCUUCGUGCAGACCACGCUGUCCCAUGAGGCUGCUGGUGUUUGCUGUGGCUUCACAGUUGGCAGGUCAGGGUCUGGACAAUGGAGUUACAAUCAGUCAGUCCAAGGCCAACCAGAAGGGACUUUUCUUCUCUACAAGGACAAGAAGUGUCAUAAUGUUCCGAGAAACAGACCAAAUAACAUGACAGUCUGCGAAAAAGUGGUUAACACUUUGAAAGAUGAAGUUUACCUUUUCAAAGACGUGCUGUAUCAAGUAAGGCAGGAGUAUAGUACAAUUAUAGAGCCCCUCACUCUGCAGGCCAAGAUAUGUUGCUGGAAUGAAGGAGAUGGAGGUUUCAGCAGAUCCUGGGACUUGAGCCUCAAUGGACCCAAAACAUUCCAUAUUGACUCAAAUACUAAGAAGGGGCCUGAAAUGGAUUCUGGAUCCACCUGGACAAAAGAGAUGGCAGAGAAAAUUGAGAAAGUAAUUGACCUCUUAAACAGGAUCUCACAGGGCGAAUGCAGAAGUUGGGUUAGGGAGACCACGUUGUACUGUGAAGAAAAUUUGGAGCCUACAGCCUCACCGCCAACUACCCCUAGUGUGGACCAGCAUUCUUCCAUGGCCACCAAGCCCCACUUCUCUGUCCUACUGAUACUCCUCCCUUCCAUUUUUAUGUGUCUUCUGAGAAUCCUCGACAAGGACAGUUAUGGAGGACGGUGUUGGAAGUGGGGUUGGAGAUGCUCCAGAGAACAUGAUGAGAAUUCAUCCGGUUCAGCCAUUUUUCCUCAGCCCUUCUCUCCCUUCUCCUCUGCAUCAACCAGAGGAAUCGUCAUGCUCCUGGCAUAACAUUUCAUGUUCUUUCUACUCUGUGAUAGUUUGGGCCCUUUCUUAUCACCUGGUCCUCCUUCUCUUGGUGCUCCCUGGUGGGAAUUUGCACUUAAUAU